UUUCACGUACGUGUGGCACAUCGAAUCACGAAACAUGGUGGUAGAACGCUCAGUGUUCCCAAGAGGUGUCAAACUUGUUCGCAUGAAUGGAGAUCGUGAGUCGUCAUGAAUCUGGAACAUGUAGCACGGCGACAGAUGGGUGUCUGUGUGCGCGUCACUCCAGGACAAGUGGUGCCUCUUCGUUUGCAUCCCAUCUUCAUCCAUCUCCUGGCGUGCCAUGAAUUUAUGCGACGGCAAGAAGACCAAUUCACAGUAUAUCGAGAACUUCUCAUGCUCCCUCACUCCAUCAUUCUGGUAUUUCUGCUUCGCCCUGGUCUUCUCCUUUCUUACUCCCCGAAGCACCUAUUUCUCAUCACCGUUGCCAUCUGGCCCCUUCGAACCAGAACAGCCUGACAAGCAGCAAUAUGCAGGGCCACAAACGAGGAGCCGACGAUGCCUUUCUCGACCAUGAAGAUGACUGCAUCAUCGUCUCUGAGCAGCCCGAGACAGCGCGCAAGAUGCGCCGAGUUCAUUGGGAUCUACCAUCUCCAUCGUCGACUUCCGAACUGGACAUGGACGCAGCACUCAGCCCAGCACUGCACCUAUCUUCUGCUUCAAGCGUGGCCACCCCAAUGGAAAUUGACCUGACUGAGGAUAGCGACCAAUCCGAGGACGCUGAAGUCACCCAAGCUCGACAAGCUCGACUCGACGAGUUCCGUGGUUUCACAGCCGCCAGCUUCCCUGCGCUGAUGCUGCCUAUCGAGACGAGGCUGGCUUCGAUUGAAUCCUGUACCCGUCGACUUGGAAUCGCGCGGGAAGAAAAAGUCAUGCUUGUCGAUUUGUACAUUGACGAGCACUGCCUCCCCAUGUGGUCCAUGUUCAGCUGGGACCCCGAAGAAGUCAGUUUGCAUGACCAUCUGCAAGAGCGCUUUGCGGCAGUAGGCUUGGUGCGCAACAUGGGCGAGCCACUUCAGAGCGACUUGGUCGUCAAGGCGAAUAAGAGGUUGGACGUUGCGCGCGACUUGGGUCUUACCAUCGACGAUAUACACAUCGGGGAUGACUUACUUCCGAGCUGGGUUUGCGGAUCACCAAUGUCUGUUGAGUCGUGUGAUCUCGACACCUACAAUGCGCUCAAAGAGCAUGGAGGAGGCGUUAGUCAGACCACGCAGGGCUAUACUGAAGAUGAUGGUCAGCAACACUCUCCCAAGGCGGAAGUUCCUGACGCCGGACUCAGCGACAAUGCUCUCGUCACUGACAGCGAGGACGACACAGUUUCAUCACCUGAGUAUGAGGAGUACGAAUCAUACUGUUCUGAUGCGACGUUGCCCGUCAACAUUUUCCACGACGCAAUCAUUGCAGACGCACCAGAUGGAGUAGAAUGGGAAGUCGACCUCGAGGUGUACCUCGCACACGCAGACGAUCCUGACGUGGCCAAUUUGCCAGAGAUUGAGCUGGCGCUCGAUCGCGACGGGUAUGAGUACCACUUUGAUACAUCGGAGGCGAUUGAUGUCGCUGCGGACUUUGACAUGACUUGCUCGACAAACGUGCCCGCUAUUGAGCUCGAGACGUACGAAGAGGAUAUGGAAGACGAUAUCAUCGAUCCUGGACGCACGGUGAAUGGCAGAAGGAGGAUCAAGAGGAGGGAGUUGCUUGUGGUGGAAGAUGGGGACCAAUGUCAUGGGAAAGAGAAUGGACAGGAGGGAGAACACGAUUCUGAUGUCUCUGAGGAGGUGACGGAUUAUGAGGAAGACUCAGGAGCACCGCUUGAAGACGGGACGGAUAAGAGCACAUAG